CUUUUUUACAAUCAGUUUUGGAUUUGACAGAAGGUCAACUAGAAAUUAAAUAUACCGCCGUAUUAUAUAUUUACAUAGCACGCCAUCUUUCUUAUCCUUUUGACAACUUUGAGCCAUUAUUACUUUAGUGCUAAUAUAGGACACGUCCUUAUUAACUAAAUCUACACUAUGACGUCAUAUUGCACUUUGAUGCAUUUUUACGCAAUGUUUAUGUUUUGCUAGUCUAAUAUUUUUUUAUUUACCUGUAUUAUUUUAUCACAAUAUUUAUACUAUUUUUUACAAAUUCUAAUAAUUAUUUAAUAAUGAAUUAAUGUUUGGCUAAGUUAAUAAGACGAAUAACAAUGUUCACGUGCAUUAGUAAAAAAAUGCAAUAUUUACACUAUAAACAACGUUUUAUUUUUAAAAAAGUUUACCAAAAAUGGAAGGAUGCCUGGAAUACUUGACCUUGAUUGCCAAACUGUUGACAAAAAAAACAUAGUGAAUAAAAAAUCAUUUAGGUUCAAUUAACCUAAAUCAAUCAAGAAGCACAAUUUAUAAUUAAUUUACAUCAUUUUUUGAAGAUGAUUAUCUUGCUACAAUAUUCAAGUUUUUACCAUAUUCAGACAGAUUAAAUAUGGAGAAUGUAUGUGAGAAAUGGAAACGUAUAAGUAAAUUCCAAGCUUGGAAUGAAGUUGACAAAUUUUUUGCUGGUGAUUUCUAUUUUUUUAAUCAAGAACAUUUUGGAGAUAGAAAACCACCACAAGAAAUUGUUGAGAAAGUCAUUAUACGAUGUGGUCAAUUUUUAAACAGACUAAUAUUGGGUGAUUAUAUUGAAUCAAGUAUCAUGAGAGUUGUUGCUGAUCAUUGUUGCAACGUAACAUAUUUACAAUUGGGAUUUCACGUUCAUAAUACAAUGGAUUAUGUUGGUGUUUUUGAAAAACUUAUCAAGUUACAUACAAUCAAAAUUUUGACUCAUUAUUCAACGAAAUUUGAUCCUCAAAAUUUUCUAAGUCUCACAGCUGAUAUUAAUACUAUUUAUUAUUCUGUUGGAUCAUAUGGAGAUACACCAAGUCGAAGUUGGUGCAAUAAUUUUUCAUCAGUAAUUUCGAAUUGUCAUGUACUCCAUUCACUCAAUUUACGAGAAAUAAAAUUUGACAAAAGUACAUUUAAAAUAAUAACAAAGAUUCAAACAUUAAAACAUCUUGGUUUAAUAUUUUGUAAAUUGCCAUCAAAUAGCAAAAAAAUUAAGAAGCUUGUUAAUUUAGAAAGUCUUGAACUUGAACGUAUAGCAAAUAUGGAAAAUGAAUUUCUUCAGGCAAUUUGUGAAAAUUUAAAUAAUUUAAAAAGUAUUGCAAUUAAAAAUUUAAUGGCACCAAAAAUAACAAGACAAGGCUUUUAUCUUUUUAGUGCACCACAAAGUUUAAAAUCAAUACGUAUUUGCAUGAUGGAACGUGAAAUUGAUAACACAGUAUUUUUUCAAUUUCAAAAUUUAAUUAAAUUAGAAUGUUGUGGUUGUCAAUUAGUGACUGAUGUUGCUAUUAAAAGAGUACUUGAAAAUUGUCCUGCACUUGAAGUUUUAAAUGUCAUGGGAACUGCUGUAACAGUUGCUACUAUUCAAUUGGCUGAUAGAGCAACACGUCAUCGUUUUGGUAAUGCAUCAAAAUUACAUGUAUUUAUACAUCAAAAUAUCAUCAAGGACUUUGAAUGUUUAAACACACCAGCCAAUAAAUAUCUUGUACUUCAACACGAUGUUUUUUGGCAAAAUCAAACACGUGUUUUUAAUUAAUUCACAAAAUUAUUAUUUGUCAUCAUUAUUUUAAUAAUAAUUCAAUUAUACUCUUCAAUUUAAACGAGCACGUAGAUAGCAAGUUUGUAUAAUUUUAAAAUUUAUCUUUAAUACCAUAAACCACAUUUUGUUUGUGGAUUCAUUAUUGUUUUGUUGGAACAUUCAAACACAUCAGAAAAUUCUUUCAUGUUUGAAAGUGUUCCAGUCAUUCGAAAAGGAGCUGGUGAAUGUACGUCAGUCAUCAACAUAUUGAGCAUUUUAUUUAAAGGCAUUGCUUCACAAAAUGACUGAAAAAUAAUCAUGUAAAUAGAAUUAAUUUUUUGAAUUGAAAAAUAUAGAGAAAAAAAGAUAUUGUUAAAUUAAAUUUUCAAGUUGCUUACGUGUGCAUAUGAAAGAAAAAACAAUUUUCUUGUGUUUAUAUUUUCCAAACCAAUUAGCCGCAUAUUAUUUAAUGAAUAUUUUUCAACAGAGUGUUUUUCAAAUGCCUUAAAUACAGCUCGUAUGCCUGUUGAAUCAGCAAUAUUUUCUGACAAUGUUUUUAUUGAAUUUAGCUAAAAAAUAAUAACUCAAUAUCCAUAAUUAAUUGUAUGUAACUUCUUUUUUUUUUUUCAUAAAUGUAAUAUUUAGAUUUUUUUUUUUUACCUUGUAAGUUGUAUUCUGCGAAACAAUUGCGUAUUUUUUAAAUUUUUCCACGAAACACCAGGCUCUUUUUUUAUAGUCAUUAAGUGUAUUAUUUGACCACCAAUUUUUUAAAUUGCCAUUAUUGUCAUAACGACGUCCAAUGUCAUCGAAUCCAUGAGAAAUUUCAUGACCUUAAAUUGAUAAAAUAAUUAUAAAUAAAAAACAAUAGAUUAAUGAUGA